ACCGUUGCCGGAAGUGACGACGGAGGAAAGGGAGGAUGAAGCCGAAGAGCAAUCAGACCCGGACAUAUGACCGGGACGGUUACAAGAAACGGGCGGCCUGUGUGUGCUUCCGGAGCGGAGCCGAGGAUGAAGUGCUCUUGGUAAGCAGUAGUCGGUAUCCAGACCGUUGGAUUGUACCUGGGGGUGGACUAGAGCCAGAAGAAGAACCCAGUGAAGCUGCUGCCCGUGAGGUCUGCGAGGAGGCUGGUGUUAAAGGUGAUUUAGGUCGGCUGCUGGGGGUGUUUGAGAAUCUGGAGCGGAAGCACAGAACCUAUGUUUAUGUGCUGACAGUCACAGAAGUCCUGGAAGACUGGGAGGAUUCACUUAGUAUAGGUCGGAAACGUUGCUGGUUCAGUAUAGAAGAAGCAGUACGUGCUUUGCAGGGUCACAAGCCAGUUCAGGCCUCCUACUUUCAAAGUCUGAUACAGAACUGCCACCACAGCAAUGGUACCAUACCUUUGCCCAACCAGAACCCAUUACCUGAUGUCAGAUGACCUAUUAAACACAUGUUGACUCUUCCCUCUUCUAGAGAGGCAGAUUCAUGUGGUCAGUGCAUAGAGCCUCGCAAAAA